AUGGAAAAUUUCGCCCUCGGUAUAGACUUGGGCAAUGAAACCAUCAAGAUCAGUUACGGUUCCCGAGUGCCAUCAGGAGGCGCCGGCACCCUUAAAGCCCUCUCCUUCCCCGCCAGGGUGGGCGUAGGAUCGCGAAAACGUCUCUUCGGCGACGCUGCAAAGCCAGGUUUCCCGACGACGAUCCACUCGCUCAAGAGGCUCGUGUCCUCGUAUCAAGAAAAGAUGCUGCAACAGAGCCUGCCAUACAUGAACUCCAACGAAGAUUCCAACUCAACGCUCCUCGCCAUGAUGCUGGGACACAUCCGGAGAAAGAUCGAGGACGAGUCUGGCUGCCCUGCUGUCAUCGACACGGUACUCGCCGUGCCCCGCUGGUACACCGAUACCCAUCUCCAAACCCUCGCCGAUUGUGCUGUAAUUUCAGGCCUCCAUCCUGUGGGCUUCAUCACCGAUAUCGUUGGAAUAGCAUUAGGCUACGGUAUCGCGCAGAUGGGUGUUCUCGAAAACGCGACCCGCCCACGUGUGGUCGCGUUCCUCGAUAUCGGAGAGUCCGAUUGUGCCUCAGCGGUUGUGACGUACACCGAAGGGUGCAUGAAGGUUCACGAGGUCAUCACCGAUCCUGAUAUCGGCGGCAAGGAUGUCGAUCGCCUGCUCUUGAAGCAUUUCUCCUAUCAGCCCCAGAAUCAGGGGUCCGUUAGGCUCGAGGAUGAGAAGACCCAAGUUCCAUUGCUCAAAGAGUGCGAGAAGCUCAAAAAGUUGUCUUCUGAUGCAAAAAGCAAGCAGUCUAUUGAUUUUAGCUCGAUUACUCGAGUCACAUCAGAUAAAUUCGAACUCACCGAAGGACAAUUCCAAAACAUUAUUGCCGACUGGCUUGAACGCGUGUUCGACCCUUUGCAAGUUGUUUUGACCCUGUCAGGGAUUGAGGAAAGUGAAGUCGAUGCACUAGAGCUGGUCGGAGGCUCAAGCCAACUGGCCUGCGUCUUGGAGCAUGCGCGGAAACGAUUUGGCGAAACCAUCCCUAAUAUCUCGGCGAAACCAUCCCUAUCCGCGGCGAACGGAGCAGCUAAUGCGUGUUCGCUUAUUCGAGUUCGCCAACGAAAUGCUCCUAUCAUGUAUGAUACGCAAAUAACGCCCUUCGAAAUGAGAUGGGCAGCACCGUUCGACGAUAAACAGGACCCAUGGUUGCCGCUUGAUCAUGAAUAUCGUCUCGACGAUUUACAACUUGUGUCGCUCAUGGAGUCAGAACUAGCUAUGGAAGAAGCAGACAAAUUAGCUAGAUCGACACAGGCGAUGCACGAGGAACUCGUCGAGCAGAUCAGCAAGCUGUCGGAAGAGGUGCUGAAACUGGAUCCGAAUACACAAACUGCCAUCAUCGAGAAUGUUCACAAGACAAUCGAUUGUGCAGUGCGAUGGAUGACCUCGAAUGAGGAGAAGAGUGGGCCGUUGUACGACGCGCAUUUUCAAGCCUUGCGUGCAGCCGAAAAUCAGAUCGAAUCAGCCACGACAUCUCGGGGAGGUUCUUCAAAGGAUUUAUAUUCGUCUCUUAGACCUAUGCCGGCCACUGUUCCGGUGAAGAUCGAGGACGAAACUGGCUUCACUCCUGAUCAGCGCCGUGUACACAUGUUCGACAUGGGCACGUACCUCAUCGCGCAAUACGCCCAAUUCGAAAAGAUCGAGCACAUUGAAGAAGCCAUCCCUUGCCUUGAGACUGCGCUCGAGCUUCUCAAAGGCUCGACCAGCUACGCGGCCGAGGCGACAGACUACCACGAAUGUCUCGCCAGUGCGUUCUCCUAUCGGUUCGAGUACAGAGCGAACGAACCAGAUGUCGAGAGCGCCAUUAGGCACUGUCGCUACGCGCUUGAGGCAGCCGGAAAAAUAGGAUUGCGGGCGAUCAAGGCCACGAAUAACCUGGGAUUGUCUCUAUGCCGUCGAUACGAGUAUUUGACGAAGUCCGAGGACCUCGAUGAAGCGAUCUCUUUGCUCUGGAAGGUGGUUCAAUCCAGCCCCGAUAGUGCAUCAGCCAAGCCCCAAUACCUCUCGAAUCUUGGUGCUGCACUUUGUCGGAGGUUCGAGGCGAAGGGAGAUAAAGUUGACAUCGACAAAGCGCUACCACUGUGCCGUAGAGCCGCAGAGAUCGUUCGUAGUCCUUCAUAUGCACAAAUGGCUUUUUUCGGAAGAGAAGAUACAAGAUUGAAAUGUCUCUCCAGCCUCGGCACCGCCUUGCGGUCACGUUUUGACAGGUUUCGUGAGGUCCACGCAGACAUCGACGACGCCAUCCGGUUCUGCGAAGAUGCCGUCCAAAGCGCACGAGCCCUUGGGAAAGAGCAACCAACAUUUAGUCAUGCGCUUGGAACUGUGCUGCGAAGCCGAUUCGAGGUGUCUGGAAAUAUAAACGACAUUGACCCGGCUAUUGCUGCUUGCGAAGAUGCUGUGAGACUUACGCAGAAAGGGCAUCCAGAACACCCAAACUACUUGGCGGGUUUAUCUAUCUGCCUCGCCACCCGAUACGAUAGGUUUGGAAGGGCGGAUGAUAUCCGGCGGUCCCUCGAACUGGCCGAAGAAGCUGUCAGUGAGAUGCCAGACGGCAGACCUCUUUGUUUCGCGACUCUCGGAAGAGGGUUAGCUAUGCGGUUCGAGCAGCUUGGCGAGAUAACCGACAUUGACAAGGCAAUACGGGUGCAGCAGAAGGCCGUCGACCAAUUACCAGAGUCGCAUGUGUCGUUGCCGACGUGUCUCGACAAUCUAGCUCGGUCAUUGUCCCGGCGGUUUACGAAAUUAUUCCAGAUGAGCGAUAUAGAGAAGGCCAUCUCUGAAGAGCGAAGGGCGAUGGCUUUGCUCCCAAAAGUCCACCCGGAACGCUUCCUCAUCACAGUGAACCUGGGAGGCCACUUCUUUACCAAGUUCAAUAGGACGAAAAAGAAGGAAGAUAUCCAGAUGGCACUGGAGGCCAAUAGAGAUGCGAUGAAGCUACUUCCGGACAAUCAUCCCAACCAAUCUAUCUUGGAAUGCGCCUUGGCGACAACGCUUGUUGGACACUUCAAUAGUACUGAAGAACAGUCAGCGUUAGAUGAGGCAAUCGAGCUGCAUCGAAGAGCAGCCGAACGCACCAAUGACAAGAAUCCCCACAAAAUUGCUUACAUCGGCAACCUCAGCAACGCCCUCAUCAAACGCUACACAACCAGGCAUCAAGAGACAGAUAUUAAUGAAGCAGUCGCAUGCAUGGAAGAGGCGACCAAGAUGGUCCCGGAAGAUCAUCCAGAGCGCCCUGCAACGCUACGGGUACUUGCUGAUGCUUUGAUAACACGGUACUUGCAUCUUCACGUUUCUUCAGAUCUAGAGAGGGCCACCUCCAUCUACUCCCAGGCAGCCAAAUCCCAUGCCGGUGCUCCUUGGACAAGGUUUAUAGCCGCGAAGAAUUGGGUCACAUGUGCAAAGGGCGGAAAACAUAGCACAUUGCGGGAUGCGUACGACUGCUGGUUGGACCUCUUACCCCGUGUCGCGUGGAUCGGGCUCAGGUUAGAAGACAGGCGAGAAGAGAUCAUGAAAAUGGGGAGCAUAGCUUGCGAGGCAGCCGCAGAGGCGAUUUCGAUGGGCGAUUUCAAGACUGCCGUGACAUGGCUUGAGAAAGGUAGAUUCAUCAUCUGGAGUCAGGGGCUGUCUCUUCGUAAUCCCAUGGACGAUUUGAAGGCUGCUCAUCCCGAACUUGCGCAGCGAGCGAUGGAAGUCUCAAUGGCUCUAGAAAGAAGCGUCAAUGACGGGUCACAAUUAGGAAAUAAAAACCAUCCAGACCUGUACAACGCAGAGAAGGUCGCGGGAAGACAACGUCGCUUUGCUGACGCAUGGGACAAAUUGCUCGGGGUAAUACGCAGUAAGAAAGACUUCAAGAACUUCCUGCUGCCUAGGACCUUCGCCGAGCUCAUUAAGUCCGCUGAAAACCACCCGGUGGCGAUCAUAAAUCCAAGUGAAUCGAGAUGUGACGCACUGGUCCUCAAUAAGGGUCGAGUGCAACACGUUGGGCUGACUCUAACCUACGAGCAGGUUAAAACCAUGCUGCAACAGUUGAGGACAAUGCUAAGGACAUCUGGACGGGAGUGGAGGGGUACAGGAUUGGAAACAUCUCCCGACGUGGAAAGAGACUUCGACCCAAGAGGAGGGAGAAAGGCGGUGUCACCACCGUCGAAACCAGAUAACUGGACUGAAUUCUUGCUCGCCUUAUGGAGAGAAAUCGCGCGUCCUGUGCUCCAGGCCCUUCAAUUACGUCCAUCAUCUGAUCCACCACCUGGCGACUAUCGAGAGAGAAAAGCUUCCAUAUCAGUGCAUAACUAUGCAAUAUCGUCUUACACACCCACAUUGGGUUUGCUUCUUAUCCAACGCCCAAGCAUGUCACAGUCUUCUGUUCCAAACGUCCUCGUUGUCGGCGUAUCGCGGGCUGACAUCCCUGGCGUAAAUGUUAGCCCUCUACCAAUGGACGGGAAUGCAACCCUAGACAACAUCUUGAAGAGCAUAAUAUCAUGCUCAGUGGUGCAUCUUGCUUGCCAUGCGCACCAGCAUCUGCUAGAUCCAUUGUCGAGCGCCUUCCUCGUCCACGGAGAGAAGCUACUGCUAUCGAAAAUCGUCGAAGCGUCUUCGAAGAAGGCCGAGCUAGCGAUCCUCUCUGCCUGCCAGACAGCAAAAGGCGACGAGAAUACACCAGACGAAGCGAUACAUCUAGCAGGCGGAAUGCUAUUUGCGGGAUUUCCAACCGUUAUUGCGACAAUGUGGGCAAUUGACGAUUAUGAUGCUCCUGAGGUCACGAAGGCGAUUUAUGAAGCAACUUCGUGCGGCAUCGGCGUUGCAUCGGAUUGCGGGAUCCAUGCGCGAGCGAGGGGUGGAAUUUGCAAGAUGGGUCCCUUUCGUUUAUCUUGGUAUUUGAGACAGGAAGUUUGCAGGGUCUGGGGCCUGUUUAAUUGCGGACGAUAUCCCUACUCGUCAGAGUCGGAGUGA